AUGGGUGGAAGUAAAAUACGUUGCAAGUGCAUGAAAACAUUGAAAGGCCACAGCAAUUAUGUGUUCUGUUGCAAUUUUAACCCGCAAUCUUCGCUGAUUGUGUCUGGCUCAUUCGACGAGAGUGUUCGGGUCUGGGAUGUGAAGACUGGCGCCUGCAUAAAAACACUCCCGGCACAUUCGGACCCCUGCAAGUGCAUGAAAACAUUGAAAGGCCACAGUAAUUAUGUGUUCUGUUGCAAUUUUAACCCGCAAUCUUCGCUGAUUGUCUCCGGCUCAUUCGACGAGAGUGUUCGAGUGUGGGAUGUGAAGACUGGCGCCUGCAUAAAAACACUCCCGGCACAUUCGGACCCCGUCUCCGCUGUUUCUUUUAACAGGUUUGAUGCUAGAGAAAUCAUUUUUAAGAAUGUGCCUCUUCAACAUCACGCCACGACACUAUCAGAAACUUUAUCAGUAAACGAUUUAUCACAGUAA